CCCCGCCCCUGCCUCAGUUCCUAUGUGCGGGCUGCGGCGGAUCUGAACCGUCAACCUCUGCGGGCUUUGUGGAGAGUCCUGCUGACCUCUGACCCGUGAGGAUUCGGGUUCGGGAUGUCCCGGCUGCUGGAGGGCACGCGCAGACAGGAAAGGAUGAAAGAGACCAACUUAAAGAAAAAGGAGAAGGAGCGUUUGAAGGAACGGGAGAAGGAGGCCAGGGAGCGGGAGGUGCGCUCCAGUAAUGGCCACCUGUUCACCUCCCUGACGGUGCUGUCCACCACACUGUGCUCCUCUUGCAACAGGAGCAUCACUGCCAAGGAGGCGCUCAGCUGCCCCGCUUGUAACGUCACCAUCCACAACCGCUGCAGAGACAGUCUGGCCAGCUGUGCCAAGAUGAAACAGAGGCAACAGAAGCUUGCAAAUGCAAGAAACAGUUCAGCACUGCAGAACGUCACCCUGAGGGCCAAGACGCCCAUGAUGAAGGAGCGUCCCAGCUCGGCCAUCUACCCCUCAGACAGCCUUCGCCAGUCGCUCCUGGGGUCCAGGCGGGUUCGCUCCGGCCUCUCGCUCGCCAAGAGCGUCUCCACCAACAACAUUGCAGGACUCUCUGAGGAUGCAAUGGGACUGAAAAGGAUUCUGUCUCAGUCCACUGACUCUUUGAACUUCAGGAGCAGAACUUUGUCCAUGGAGUCUCUGACUGAUGAUGGUAAGAGACACCACAGACACACACACACAAAAGUGUUGAGAAAUCACAAGUUCAUUCUCACUUGUAUCUGCAGUUAUGAUAUGAAUAAGAAAGGAUUUGAGGUUUUAUUCUCUUAUGUCAGAUGUCUGUUGUGUUCAUCUGGUUUUAACCCCCCCACAGAGCUGAUCCAGACAGAAUUCCAUCAUCUGCGGACUUUGCGUAUUAUGGAGGGAGUGUACAGGCGGGGGAUGCUGGAGGAUGUGAUGCUGGAGGCGGGCGUGGUCCACGCCAUUUUCCCCUGCCUGGACCAGCUGCUGGAGCUCCACUCCAGGUUUUUGUCACAACUUUUGGAGCGGAGGAAGCAGGGCCUGGUGGAAGGCAGCGCUACCAACUUCGUCAUCCGCACUAUCGGCGAUCUGCUGGUCAAACAGUUUUCAGGUCAGUGUGCAGACGACAUGAAAAAGGUUUACUCUGAGUUCUGCAGUCGACACCCAAAAGCGGUCAAACUCUACAAAGACGUCUUCACACGGGAAAAGAGACUGCAGCAGUUCAUCAGGAGGGUUUGCCGCGGUCCUCUGCUGCGCCGUCAUGGCAUUCAGGAGUGCAUCCUACUGGUGACACAGAGAAUCACCAAGUAUCCUGUUCUCAUCAAGCGCAUCCUUGACAACACCAAAGGUAAUGAGGAGGAGGUCAAGGCUCUCAGUCAGGCGCUGCUUCUCCUCAAGAAGCUGAUUGGCUCUGUGGACCAGGAGGUUCUGGAGUUGGAGCGGACCAGGAGACUGCAAGAAAUUCAGGCACGGCUAGCUCCAAGGGCUCAAGCAGAAGUACGAGGGGGUGGAAUUUUCCAAGGAGGAGAACUGCAACGAAGGAGGCUGUUGCAUGAGGGAAGUCUUCUCUGGAAGAUCCAAGGCUCCAGAAUGAAAGAUGUGCACGUCCUGUUGAUGUCAGACAUCCUGGUUUUCCUUCAGGAGAAAGACCAGAAAUUCACCUUCCCAGCUCUGGACAAGUCUCCAGUCAUCUCUCUAAACAAUCUGAUUGUGAGGGACAUAGCCAAUCAGGAGCGUGGGAUGUUUCUCAUCAGUGAUUCCAGUCCUCCUGAGAUGUACGAGCUUCAUGCUUCAUCCAAAGAGGGCCGGCGGACCUGGAUGAGCCUGAUCCAGCAGACAGUCCAGAGCUGUCCUUCCAGAGACGAGUUUCCACUCAUAGAGACGGAGGAUAAAGCUUUACUGCGCAGACUGAGAGCUGACAUCCAGCAGAAGGACAGGGAGGUGCUGGAGCUCCUGCAGGAGAGAGUCACUCUGUUCUCUGACUUGAUGGAGGCGGCAGGAAGAGGAGACACAGUUUCACAGUUCAGCACCUCCUCCAACAGGAACCUGUUCCGAGCCGACACUCCUCAUGCUCCUCAGGCGGAGCCACUGCUCACUGCUGCUAUCUCUGAAGUUGACAGUCUUGCUGCCUUGUUGAUGGGAUCGAGUGUUCAGCGCUCCACGGUAACCAAUGGCAACCAGGACAUUAGCAAUGGUGACUGUGUUCCUGCUAACAGCCCUGCUGAAAUCAACUACACCUCCUCAAAGGACAAAAAUGGGAACCAGCUGCAGGAACAAAACCUGAUUGAGGAGGUCCGUCAGCGGUUGGUCCAUCUCAGCACGCAGCUGCACAACCUGCAGGCUGCUGUGAUUUGUCAGGACUCCAUACUGGAGCUGUCUCUCAGGGUGGGCUCUGUCUCAAGCCCCUCCCUGUCCUCUCUGAGUUCUGCCCCCCUGCCUCGGCUGUCUUGUUCAGUGUCUCGGGACACUGGGAUGGAUGUUGGUGAAGCAGUGCUGCGGCGGCAGGUGGAGCUGCUCCAAGAAGAGUUAACCCGUCUUAGGGGGGAGGAGCCUAAAAGAGAGGAGGCAGAGUUAGGCUGCAGGAGGAGAAGCAACGGAGAGAACAGCACCAUCAUCAAAGGAGAACAGGUGAAACGUGGAAGCAGAGAGCUGGAGCCCCGCCCUCUUCCUUCAGUGGCUGCCCAGGAGCCGGGAGACCAAGUUGAUGGAAUCCAGGAAGGAGCUGAGGUGGAAGUCGAGUCUGUUCGGACUCGCGCUGAAAGCCCCAGAGAUCUCCAGGACAUCCCAGAGGAGAGCGAGUGUGGAGCUGAUCCCAGUUAACGCCUCGCCGGAACACAGGAGGAAGUCCAGUGGCCUGGCGGUGUGACCGCAGUUCCUCCUCUACUCAGCUCGAACAUUUUUAAGAACAUCUUAUUGAAUCAUGAAUUAAAUCAACAAAAAGCCUGAUUGGUCACUGAUGA